CUAUCUAUCUAUCUAACUCCCUGAACAUGUUAUGAAUCACAUAUUGAUGGAUUGAUCAGAUUUCUCACACACCCUAAAGAUAUUCAGGACUGGUAAACUGGCGCUGUUGAAGUGGCUUGUGUGUAAAUGUGUGUGUGUGUAAAUGUGUGUGUGUGUGUGUCCAGGUGUUGUUCCUGCACUGUUCUUGAUUACUGCUGGAAUUGGCUCCAGAUGCCCAACAAACCCGCGUAGAUUCACUAAAUAGGUAGAUAUUUAUGUAUUGAUAUAUGAUUGCUCUCCACAGCAUUUAUGGUUCUCUUUUUAUUUCUUUAUUGUAUAUUCUUAUUUAUUUUUUUAUGUAUGUACUGUUAGUACCAGGAAUGCUUGGGCUUUGGUAGAACAUGAGGAUCUUUAACAGUGUGACUGACAGAGACAGGUGGGGGUGAGAAUGAAGCCCCCCGGAGAGCAGAGCGCUGACUCGAGCCGCUCAGCUGUUGAAAUCCGUCAGGCUGAUUUGUGACCCCCGGCGAUCUCGUGCACAGAGACCAUCACCAGGGCCACACGGACAUGCUGGUCAGUCGAAUGGAAGACGCGGGUUGAGCCACACGGGACAGAUUACACAGAAGCCACCAUCUCUCAUUGUCCAAUAUGGAGAAGGUGUUUCCAGCUCAAGUUGCCAGACACAACUGUGAAGCAGGCAUCCCAGAAGAAGUGUGUAAUGGCAAGGAGGCGACAAAUCCCAGCCUGCACUGGGGUCUCCUCUUGAUGCAUGGGAUAGAAGUCGAUGAAGAGCACUGUAUAUGGAGGUCUGGAUAUUUUGAACAGGAGAGCGUCUGCAUGAGCGAGGAAGUUGAGGAAGACUGUGAUAGUGGACCUCUAGACUUUACAGUGGACUCUGAGCUAAUGUCUUAUGAUUCUUACAUACAGAAAAACAAAACCGUCAAUGAUAUAAAGGAAGAGGACCUCAAGUGUGAGUCUGACUGGCAGAGUUGUUCUCCGGAUGAAGAAGCCCCUGGAUUAGGAUGCUCACAGCCUCAGCAUUAUUCUAUCCAUAUGAAGCAGGAAUCUGACAAAGCAUCAGGUUCAAGUCCUUCUGGAGAAGCUUUACCAGACAACGGCGGCUUCGACUUUUCCUCAUUGGCUCAGAAUUCUCUUCAUUGCAGAGAUCAACAGAUUGCAGAUGAAGAAAACAUGAAAAAGAUCAUAUCUGGAUCAGAUUGUGUAAUACCCGCCUCCAUGCAGAAUGACUCUGUGCAGGUGAUGACGAUAAUGCCAGUCUAUGCACUCAUCGGUCAACUUCAGGAGCACAAUUCAGAGUCGGUCACAUCCCAACAAGAGCAGAUGAAACAAUUUCAGAGCACAUUUAAAUUGAUAAAUGGUAAACUGAGACAAACACAUAGAGAGCCGAUCCAGUGUUCUAAAUGUGGCAAACUAUUCUCCACCAGAAGCAAUCUUGAAAAACACAGAAGAAUUCACACUGGAGAGAAGCCGCAUUGUUGUUUUGUUUGUGGGAAAAGAUUCACAACAAUGGAUAAUCUCAAGAGGCAUACGAGAAUUCACACUGGACAGACGCCAUAUUGUUGUUUUGUUUGUGGGAAAGGAUUCACAAGAACGAAUAAUCUCAAGAGCUGUACAAGAAUUCAUACUGGGGCGACGCCAUAGGGUUGUUCUGAAUGUGGAAAACGAUUUUCACAAACGAGUAAUCUGAAGAGCCAUAUGAAAAUUCCUAUUGGAGAGAAGCCGUAUUGUUAUUUUUUUGUGGGAAAGGAUUCACAAGAAUAAGUAAUUUUAAGUGCCAUACGAGAAUUCACACCGGAGAGAAGCCAUGGGGUUGUGCUGAAUGUAUCAACCCAUUUUCAUAAAAGAGUCUUCUUCAAGACCACACAAGGCCACUGGCAGUUCAAAUAAGAUCAAAAGGAAAAGGUGCCAAACAGAUUAUUUAGGGACAACUCAAAAACGUUUUAUACAAUGUCGGGUGGGGCCACAGUGGAACUAGCUACACCACCAGAGAUAGAAGGAUGUGAAACAUUCUGGAGAAACCUAGAUGAGGAUGCCCAACAUCACAAUCAAGAAGCGGACUGGUUAGGAAAAACUAUCCAAAAAGACAUUAAAAACAGAGAAAUGAAGGGGAAUGGAGUGGCCUGAGGUACCUCUUGAGAAAAUCUUCUGUCAGCUGGAAGACGACAGCAGGCCUUGAUACCAUAACAAACAUCUGAUUCAAACAACUGCUGGCACUGCACCAGGAUAUGGCCAAAUGAACAGACACGUUAAUGGCGCACCUGCAGAUGACACCACAGUGGCUCACUGCUGGAACCAACAGCAAUGAGCCAAAAACUCCCACCCCAUAACGUUCCUCUGCAAUGUGUUUAAACUCUUCACAGUAAUCGAUACUGAGGGGAGAAAACAACACAAUGGCAACAGAACAACAAGAAAACAAAAGAUCAUCACGUGGAACAAAAGAGCGGCAAGUUUUAAACAAGGUAGUGAUGAAGUGCUGAAAAAAGGGCUGAGACCGGAGAGUGGCUUGGAUGGACAACAAGAAAGCCUUCGACAGCGUGCCACACGUCUGGAUGAUCAAAUAUCUGGUGUGGCCUGCAGAGGGCGCUCCUGCUGCCCAAACCCGACACAGAGAAACGUGGAGGCACAAGUGCAAGGCACGCACGUUUUUAUGUUUAAUUUUAAUUUUUCCUCGUGGGAAACGCCUUCCUCCAUUUCCCACAAGCACAGCACAAAACUUUUUUCUUCUUUCUCUCCUUCUUUUUCCUCCACUCCUGCGGGUAAGCUUCGUCUACCUCCUCCCUACUUGGAGUAGUGGCAGCUGGCUCUGUUUAUAAGGCACCCAGAAGUGCUCCAGGUGCUCGUUGGUGCAGCAUUUCUGGGUUCAGCAGCAGUUGUAGCACCCCCAGCCGGUGCCCAUGGAUGCCAACAGGGCUUUUAUCAGACUGCAACUCUCGUGGAGCCCAGUGGGAGACUCAGGGGGGGCUGCCACCUAGUACUCCGGGGAAGGUAAUGCUCUGGAUAUGCUCCCUCUCCUGGUCCUUCCAGCAUGGAGGCGUCCCGGCCGUAUGCCACACUGGAAAUGCACAGAAUCCACCACACCCUCAUACAGUUCCUAUCCACCACUGGCAGACAAACUGCAGCUCCAUCACAACAAAGGACAAAUUGCAAUCCUAAAUAUACAAAUCAAAGCAGGGAUAUUCCAGGGAGACUCAUUUUCAGCACUCCGAUUCGGCCGAUAAUUAAAUCCAGUAAGCACCCUCCUCAAUAACCUCGGCCAGAGAGACAACAUCAGCACCCUGAACUGGCCAGACCCCGUGAUUGUCACAAACUUGCAGUUUGCUGAUUUCCUGAAGCUCUUCAACUGCACCAAGACAACUUUCAUCAACAGAAACAUCCGACAGCAAGAGGAGGGAGUCAUUAGAGACCUGAACUCAGAAGAAGAGAGUAAAUGAAGGUGUUGUAACGAACCGUUACAGCAGCAAAUCAGGCAGGCGUCUACCAAACAAAGAUGAUACUCGCCACGUGUCUUACAGCCCAGGAGAUCACCCUGACAACCCGUCCCACCCUGUCUUACAGCUUUACUGUCAUAGACUGGCCAGAGGGACUUACAUAAACUGGACAUAAAAACUUCUCCGUGCACACCAGUCAAUAUAAAGGGUGAUAAAUUCACCAGAUCCAUGGGGAUUAUUGAAACAGAUGAAUUGAACUGAGAAUUUGAUUACAUUAUUUUAUAAUAUUUAUAAACUGUGCAGAUUUGGUGACUGAGGCCACAAACCGAGACGCAGCUAAAGCAGCUGAAAACGUCUGACAGGCAGAGAGAGAGAAAGACAAGGAGAUCAAGUGGGAGAGAAGGAGCAGAUCAGGGGGGGCCAUUAACAGGUGCCAAUGUGCUCCGUGGCGAGGGGCCGCUGGGCAGCUAAGAAAAGAACGGGGUCCGCGUUUAUCUACUGCAUGCGCUUAUUUUGGAACUGAGGAAUUCUCAGAAAAGUCCUUCUUUAAUGUCACUUGUGUCCAUCUUAGUAUUUCAGAAAUAAAACUGAUGAUGUGCAUAUUGUAACGUGUUUGAAUUUAAAGAGUAUGUGAAGGUGCAAGAGAAAUGAAAUAUUAUUCUCUAUCUAUCUAUCUAUCUAUUAUAUAAAGCCUUUCACAUCUAUCUAUCUAUCUAUCUGUGAUAUAGCA